AUGCUACGAUUUUAUCAUAGUGGGAUGUGGUACGGCGGGCGGUUUCUCGCGAACAGACUCUCUGCGAGUGGUAAACACCAGGUCCUAGUUAUUGAAGCUGGCGGAGAUCCUCCCAUAGAAUCCUUAUACGCGGGAACCUUUCUAUACCUGAAAAACUCCCAAUAUGACUGGAACUUCACCACGGUCAACGAUGGAUUUACAGCACAAGCCCAUAGAAACAAUAUCCUCACCUUAACUAGUGGCAAAAUGCUCGGCGGCAGUAGUUCUUUAGGUCACUUGCUUUAUCUCCGUGGAGAUCCGACUGACUACAACCGUUGGGCUGAUAUUGUCAAAGACCAAUCAUGGAACUACGAAAGCCUGCUCAAAUAUUUCAAGAGAUCCGAAAUUUUAGACUAUAAGGAUAUGUAUACACGAAACGAUUAUUUUCAUGGCACUGAUGGACCAAUGGGUGUAACUAGAUUUGUAAACCAAGCAAGUCUGAAAUUUUUACAUAUUUUCAAUCAAGCAGGCCACCAAGUUAUAAAAGAUGGAAAUAGGAACAUGACUCUAGGUUAUUUUGAGCCGAUGUUUAUGAGCAAAGACGGCAUCCGUCAAAGCAUAUCUUAUACAUAUCUUACUCCAAUAAGAAGUCGAUCAAAUUUACAUUUUCUUAAAGAAACUGAAGUGAUAAAUAUUAAAUUGGAUAAAGACAAAGCUGUCGGUGUAACCGCGAUUAAAAAUAAUGAAAUCAUAAGAGUAAAAGCAAACCGGGAGAUUAUUAUUUCAGCUGGUGCGAUUAAAACACCUCAGCUGUUGAUGUUAUCAGGUAUAGGUUUAAGUGAUCAUUUAAGUGACCGUGGUAUCGAAGUUAAAAAACAUUUGCCUGUAGGUGAAUUUUACCAAGACCAUUUAGAAGUAACUUUAGUACAUAAACUAAAACUUCAAAACCAGAAAUCACGUUCUACUGAUCCGCAUGAAUUUCCUGCAUCUGUCAUCAUAGGUAACGUGGCUAUACACAAAGGAAGAACAACACCGGAUUAUCAAUCAAAAAAUUUUAUAAUUCCAAGUUAUUCUGACACUCUCUUGUCUAUUUGUUCCGUUGAAAACACCUUUAGAAACGAUAUCUGCCAAUCUUUGUACAACAAAACUAAAGGGUAUGAAACUAUGCUUUCAAAAAUUAUGUUCUUGCAUCCCAAAGCAAAAGGCCGUGUUGUGUUGCAUAGUGCAGAUCAUACAGACAACCCUUUAAUUAUUUCUGGUUUUUAUUCCCAAGCUGAAGAUUUGGACACUAUGUUAAGUUAUGUGAUUGACUUUAUACAACUGGCCAAAACGGCUAUUUUCAAACAAUUCGCUGGUGAUCUCGUUUUACCAACAUUACCCGAAUGUGAUGAUUAUUCUGGUAUCACUUAUUGGAAGUGUUACUCGUUACACAUGAUGAGUUCUGCAUAUGACUACUCUGGUACAUGUUCCAUGGGGUCAGUAGUUGAUGAAAGAUUAAAAGUCAUAGGGGUGGGAGGUCUUAGGGUAGUAGACGCCAGUGUGAUACCUGUAAUUCCCAGUGGUAGUAUCCAAGCGGCAGUUAUGGCAAUCGCAGAAUAA